UUUCUGUCGAAGCUCAGCUUCAUCACGAGCCACUACGCCUACUUCAUCAUCGUCUGCUUGAUAGCGUCACUCAUCUUCUGGGGCUCGUCAUCCGGUACCAGCUACGUCGACAGCCUGUUCCUGGUCGUCUCCGCCAUGACUGCUACUGGUCUGACCACGGUUAACCUGAGCAAGGCGACGACGGGGCAGCAGGUUCUCCUCUUUUUACUCAUCAUCUUUGGCAGCCGGAUUUGGAUCUCGAUCUGCAUCGUGUACUCUCGCAAGCGGAGAUUCAACAAACGCUUCGAUGAAAUAGUUCGCGAGGCGCGCAUGAGGAGAAGGGAUCGUUCACCGCCCCGAUUAGCGCCUUCUCCGUCACCUCCUCCCGAAGGAGAGAUUACGGGAGACGCUCGAACCCGGGAAAAAGACGACGACGAGGUUCCCUACCUCUCUUGGACUCCCACCAUUGGCCGAAAUAGCCAAUUCUAUAAACUCACUAGCGAGCAACGCGACGAGCUAGGCGGCAUCGAGUUUCGCGCCCUGAAGUUGCUUCUAAGGAUCUUGUUGUUAUACCUCUUCCUUUGGCAGUUUCUAGGUUGCAUUUCCCUUGGCUCAUGGAUUAACAACAACAAACCAGCCCUGGAGAACAGCCCCAAUCUCUGGUGGUUGGGCAUCUUCAACGGCGUAUCAGCCUUCAAUAACUCGGGCAUGUCUCUACUGGACGCUAGCAUGGUUCCCUUCCAGCGCUCAUACUUUGUCCUCAUCACUAUGGGCCUGAUGAUCCUUGCCGGGCGUACGGCAUUUCCCAUCUUCUUGAGACUCAUCCUCUGGUCUCUUGUCAAGAUUAUGCGCUUGGUGGGAAGAGACUAUAAUAGCUUAGGGGAAGCUUUGCACUUCAUCUUGGACCACCCCCGGCGUGUCUAUGUUUAUCUCUGGCCUAGAGGUGUGACCUGGUAUCUCUUGUCCGUACUCAUCUUUCUCAACUCGGUUAAUUGGGUCGGCUUCCUCCUAUUCAACCUCAACAACCCCGAAAUCGAGAGCAUCCCGACGGGGCCGCGUGUUCUCGCCGGUCUAUUCCAAGCCCUUUCCAUUCGCUUUGGGGGCUUCCACAUCACCAAUAUCGCCAACCUCCACAUUGGCUUACAAGUAUUGUAUGUAAUCGCAAUGCUCGUCCUCGCCUACCCGAUCAGACUUGGUGUGAGGCGAACAAACGUAUACGAGGAGCGGUCACUCGGCAUCUUCAAUCCCCGAAAUGAUCAUGAUUCCACCCAGGAUGGGGGUCAAAACACCCUCAUCGAUGAGCUCAGACGUUUCCGACGACAGCUGAAUCGGGGAUCUGUGCGGCAUGACGCCUGGGCCCUAAUGCUUGCCGUUGUUAUCAUCACAACCAUCGAGUCGGGCCAGUUCCGCCGGGAUCCCGUCCACUACUCCGUCUUCAACAUCAUGUUUGAGGUCGUGUCGGCAUAUGGCUGUGUUGGCGUCAGUGUAGGGCUGCCGGACGCGGAUUGUUCAUUCAGCGGUGGGUGGCAUGUCGCCAGCAAGGUAAUCCUCUGCGCUGUCAUGCUGCGAGGGAGACACCGCGGCCUUCCCGAGGCAAUUGAUCGGGCUAUUUUGUUGCCGAGUGAAGGGCGGUUCAGCCGGGAAGAAGAA